GAGGAUAGAAAAAAAUAUAAAAAAAUUUGUAGAAAAUGUGCUGCCAAAACAUAUUAUGCUAAUUACGAUUUUAAUUUAUUUAGAGAUUCUAACUAUGAUGCUCAAUUAAGAAGUUUAAGAG